AUGGGCAUCACAGUUUUUGGUUCAUUGAACUAUGAUUUGGUGACAUAUACUGACCGUAUGCCACUAGCUGGCGAGACAAUCAGAGCUAAUAGUUUUGAGACACAUGCCGGAGGUAAAGGACUAAACCAAACUAUAGCACUGGCAAGAUUGAAGAACACGGUUGACGAUUACGUUGUACGAAUGAUAGGCUGUGUUGGUCAGGAUUCCUUUGGAGAGCAACUGCUCGAUCUGUUGAAAGAAAGCAAGGUUGACGUUUCAGCGGUGAGACAAAUCGAAAAUGAGAGCACUGGCACUGCGACAAUUUUGGUGGAGGAACAAACUGGCGGCCAGAACAGAAUACUUUUAACCGAAGGCGCCAAUGGAAGAUCCACCUAUACUCCAGCAGAACUGGAUGUGAUAUUUAAUAGCUCAAAAAAAGAGGACUCAAGGGGCAAAAGUGAUUAUGUGGUCUUGCAGCAUGAAAUUCCAGAUCCAGGCUCAAUAAUAUUAUGGGUGAAGGAGAAUUGUCCUGCACAUGAGAUUGUUUUCAAUCCUUCUCCAUUCCACCUCCUCGGUGCACAUAUUUGGGCAUCCGUCGAUAUAUUGGUCGUCAAUGAACUGGAAGCACUUCAAAUCUUAGAAUCUUUAUACACCCGAGAGGAUUAUGAGCGGUUUCAUGGAGAAAUAGAGAUAGAUUUUGUCCAAGGCUAUACUAAAAUUUGUCAAGAGUUUCAGAAAAACUUGGUUUACCAAUCCAAUUCAGCAACUGUCAUGAUAACUUUAGGUGUAAGAGGUGCCGUGUUCUCUUCGAAUGCGGAAAAAACGGUAAAAUACUUUCCAGCAUCGCGAGGAAUUAAAGUGGUUGACACAACAGGAGCCGGAGAUACCUUUUUGGGAGCCUUGAUCACUCAACUUUAUCGUGGGAACUCUCUCUGGGAAGCAGUAAAAAUUUCUACCAUAGCAAGCUCAUUGGCAAUUCAAAAAAAAGGGGCAGCAGAGAGCAUUCCAUCCUACGCAGAACUGUGCAAUUAUCUGAAGCAAGCCCCUUGUCUUUCUAUAGGUAAAUUGAAUACUGCGUAG